AUGUCUGAUUCAAUUGGUUCUCAAUUAGCAAUGCUAAAAGAAUUGCUCAAGAUAACUUCAGAGCACCAUUCUAAACAAAUAGAUGAGCUUAAUAAAUUUGAACCAUUAAAUGAAAAAGAUAAAGAAUUUAUUGCAAGUGCAUUAAAGGAGACAGCCGAAGCAACAGAUCCAGUAAGAAUUAUGGAAAAAAAAUUACGUCUAAUUAAGGAGGCUGAUGACAUUGUCAUUAAAUCUAACUUAAUGGAUGAUUUGGUAGAUUUAUUGGGACAAAUUGACCUUGCAACUAUUUUUAUCAAAAAUUACUAUGGUUUAGAUGAAAUAAGAAAAGCCUUUUUAAGUGAAAAGAAUAUAGAAAUUUUAGCUGACUACAUAACUUUAUUAACAACGGUUGCUUCAAAUAAUGUGGAUGUUCAAAAUUGUAUUUAUGAAUACAAUGAAGAAUACGAUUUUUUACAAACUUUAAUGGAAAAAUUUGUUUUAAACACUGAUAUAGAAGUCAAAUUACGGAUGCGAUCUUUAGGUAGUAUUUCAGCUAUCGUUGGUCAUCAUACCGCAAACUUUACAAAUUUUUUAUCAAUGGAUGGUAUCUCAAAAUUGCGCAAUUUAUUGGAAUCAAAACUUCGUAAUGCUACAUUUGUAGCAAGAAUUAAAUAUACAUUAAAUGCUAUGAGAUUAGCAAUUCCUGAAAUAAGUGAAGCUGACAAAGAAAAAUAUGCUUCAGAUAUUUUAUAUCUUCAGCAAUGCACUUAUUAA